CUAGAGCUACACCUAGAGCUACAGCUACGGUAGUAAAAAUACCACAGUACGUUACUACUUCGUUAUAUUGGAAACUAAGGAUCAACAUUUCACAGGUCAACAAGUAUGAACCGUAAGGAAGGAGAAUUUCUAAACCAGAUGUUGUCCUCUCACUGUUUGACACAUCGUAUUUGUAACCCAAGCGAAGGUGUUGCUCUACUGUAACUGUUGGUAUUACUACGACUAUAGAAACAGUAGGAGGAGGAGUAUCGCAUCUGCCUUCCACGAAGGAGAAACAGUAGGAGGAGGAGUAUCGCAUCUGCCUUCGACGAAGGAGAGAUGUUUUUCUUUGUUUGAGGAGAUGGUGCAGCACCAGUCCGUACUAGUACACCAACCGUGCCGUGCCAGCUCGAGUCGCGGACCAGCGCUCCACCCAAGAAGUAAGGCAGUGCGAUCUGUGUGAUCAGUUGCCUCGACGGAAACUGGUUUGUACCGUCCGGCCCGGCCCGGACCGGACAGCCAUGGAAAGACUUGUUCCUUGGAACUCCGUGUUGCGCGUCGCCACGCCUCGGCCCAAACGAUCUCGCCCGAUGGCCCACCCACGUGCGUCCUUCCGUCUUGCUGGCUCCUUCUCGUGACGGCGGUGGGCACUAUGGCACUACCUGUUUCCUUCCUUGCUGCGCUUGCCGAACUAGUGCUUUGGAAGGAAUUGCUGAAGUUCUUGCUCGCGUUCUUCCGAGUCGGUACUCGCACUCUUGCUACCAGCAGCAACAACCAUACUGUUUUGGGUCGUGCUGGUGGUGUUUCUACCGGUAGUUCUCCGUGCCAACCCAAAGUACAAGGCAACCGCAACCAGCCCGAGGCUGAGAGCAAUUUCAAGGGGGUUCGACCAAACGUUUGGGGGCGCCGGGAGGUUUCCUGUGUUCGUGGUGGUUUCCUCGUCAACCGCACUUGCCGUUCUCGCCCCCAGGAAAGAGUUUCCCGGUUCGCAGCAUCCCUUGUAUCCAAAGAGACCGUACACAAAUGCUUCCUUUCCAUCUUGCACCAAAUGCUCGGUGCUGUUGUCGAAAUACAUCGCGCAGGGACUGUGGUGCUUGGAACGGGGAUCGUGCAACGCAUCGUUCUUGUCUUUGCUGUUGGUGUAGAGUCUCCUGCUGUUGUGCCGCUCGUUUUCCGCUUUCUGGAAUUCUUGUUCCUGUCGCACGAGAUUCGAAACCGUCGGAAGGCUCCAGUCCACCAGUCCACCCUUUGUCUCAUAGGCACGGAGGCAAUUCAAAAGCGUUUCCCGAAAGUUCUCGACCACGACCCAGCAGUCAACACUUUGUAGGACGCCCUCGGAAGGGUUUUUCCAUUUGUUUAAGCUAGUAGCGUAGCUCGCCCAGAUACGAUCUCCGACAAGACCGGUCACAAGGUCGUGACUCAUCCAAUUCCGGAAGCGUUCCACGUCCUCCGAGGUGUUGAAAUAGGGUGGAUUCUGUCCGUAAUAAAGGUUGGCGGGUUCUUUUGUAAUAAAUCUUUGCAUAAAAUAUCCUUCCCCUUGGCUGCCGUACGACCACAGCGACAGAUAUUGCGAGCAGGGUUCUCGGAUCGAUCCGAUGACAAAGCUAGAACGUCCGAUGCUUUCGUCAUUUUGCAUUAGAUACAAGGGCGUCCUGGAAAAUUCAUCGACGUUGACAAACAAAGCGUCCGAUUUGCGAGCAUCCACGGUAUCGGCUUCCCGACAGCACAAGUUCUUUCUGCGCGCAUCCCCUCUGGCAUUGAAAGGUUUGCAUUUACAAAUGAUCUUGAUUGGUUUGAGUUCAUUCAGCACGUCCUUGAUGGAUCCGCCGCCGGCCUUUGGGUUGUGGUUAAAGAUCAGCAGCGGGGGGAGGCGAGAAUCAGAAGAAGAGGACGAAGUCGAACGAGACAAGUCAACCCUCGUGGUCUCCUCCAUGUUAGACAUUUAAGUCGUUCUUGGUAAUGCUUUUUAGUGGGACUAUAAAAGACGAUGUUCAGUCCAAUCAAACUAAUAGCGAAUA